CUCACCUCAACACUCAACUUCAAUCAUCAUCCAUCCAUUGAUCUGGUCUUGUACUCUCGCCUUUUAACGUUUCAUAUCUUCAUUCGCUGUUCGAUUUGCAUUUCCAUUUCCGCCCCAUCCGUCACUCUCAUCUUCCUCUUCGUAUCCGGCCCUCGGCAUCUGUAUUUGCAUCUAACAUACCCUGGUCCCUCGUCUCUCGGAGCCCGCAUGUCACCUCCCACCAUAGUUUCUCGAACCUCACAAUCCACCAAAAUGCUUGGUCCGAGGAUCUUUUAGAUUCUGCAUCUGCUACUAGGUACCUACGCAUCUUUCUACCUGUCACCAGACCUAGGCCACCUUUCUUUCUUUUCUUUCUUUUCCUCACUCUCUUCUCUAUACUCACCCGCCCAACUCUGUCUCUCCUGCUGAGUGCUGUACUCUUGUCCUACUCUCUCAUACGUCUCGCCCGGCCACGCUCUGCAAUUUGAGCAUUGAUAUGGCUCUGUAUCGCUCUGUAGCUGCUGGGAAAUAAUUUCAACGUCUACUUGUCUACAUCUAUCUUUCAUCAUGAUAGACCAUGUCCUAGGCCGACCUUCAAACCAAUUUCGUAAGGUCCAGGUCUUUGCCGUUGUGUCCUUCUGGUCUCUCUACCUCUUGAGGUACCUUCCCAUCCUCGUACCAACCCUCCGUCGCUGAUGCUGACCUCCACUCAGAGGAGACAGACAUGGUCCUCCCAUACUGCGAAAUCUCUCCCUCCGCCUCUCCAAACGCUUCACUCCAUGGCAAUCUAUUGUUUUGACCCUUCUCUGGCUCUAUAUCUGCCGCAACUUUGCCAAAAUCGUUGGCCUCGAAUCCCCCGAACCCUUGGCCAACCUGUAUAAUAGAUCUUACUUUCGUGCGACAUGGAUCACCACUGCCUUGGACGCUGGCUUCUGGAGUGCCAUGCGCAUUCGCAACAAAAAAUUGAAGGAUUUGGCUUCCAUCAUCUUCACUGUCUAUUACCUCAUCGCCGCCGAACAGGCCGAUGAAAAAGUCCGAAAAGUCCGCGCCGUUCUCACUGUCGAUCAUCUCAGAGUAUCCUGGAACAAAGCCAACACUCCCUACCUCGCCUGGUUUACAUCCUUGAUGCGCCCUCGCUUCACAAAAUAUCGUCCGCGAAGACUCAAGAUCGCACGCCCGCGAGGCUCCGCCUACAAAGAUCCCGUCAUUGCGUGGAUGUAUUUCGACGGAACCCUUGCUGAGCUCGAGAAGCAACAAAACUUGGUUCUCGAUAUCCCUGGGGGAGGCUUCGUCGCCAUGGAUCCCAGGACAAGUGACGACAAGCUAUUGGCAUGGGCCGGCAAAACAGGUCUACCCAUUCUUAGCCUCGAUUACCGCAAGGCUCCUGAACAUCCAUACCCAUAUGCUCUGAAUGAAUGCUUCGACGUCUACACCCAGAUCGUCGCCACGAAAGGCCGCUGUAUCGGCCUCAACACAAACACAUGCCCUCGAAUCGUUCUGACCGGCGAUAGUGCCGGCGGAAACCUAGCCACCGGCACCGCCCUCAUGAUCAUUCAAUCCAACAUGACCAGCCACAACAAGCCCGUCCUCCCAUCCCCCGCCGGUCUAGUCCUCAUGUAUCCCGCUCUCGAUAUGAACAUUGGCAGCUGGAUGACCGACGACCAAAUGGCGUUGAUCCGCAAUCCCAAAACCGCCAAACGAUAUGAAACAUUCAUCAAACGCAAAAGUGAAGACAUCGACCGACGAUAUACCCCCACUACCCCCAAACCCCUCGACGACGGCGAAGACGACCCCAACUUUGACUUCUUCGCCGCCCAAGACGACGGCUUCUCCACCGCCUCGUCACCCACCACCCCAUUCAAACGACACGACACCGACGACGUCGAAGCCCAACGACAGGCCGUCGCCAGUUCCAAACCCCAACAACUCAAAACCCGCCUUGCUGUCUCCUCCAUCAUCUCCUACUUUGGAGAUCGAGUCCUCACACCAGAAAUGAUGCGCGCCAUGAUCAUAUUAUACGUUGGCCCUUACAACCGACCAGACUUUACCACCGAUCACCUCCUCUGCCCCGCCGUCGCACCCGAAAACCUCCUCGCUAAAUUCCCCAAAACCUACUUCCUCACCGGCGAGCGCGACCCAUUGGUCGACGACACGGUCAUCUUCGCUGGUCGCUUACGUCUGGCGAAACUCCACCUUUUUCAAGAACGGCAAGAAAUCGGCCUUGAGAAAUCCACUGCUGAAUUCAAUGAGAAAGACCACGUUGAAGUAACCCUCAUCCCAGGGAUUUCUCACGGUUUCGUUCAAUUCGUGUCGAUUUUCCCAGAAGGUUGGAAACAUAUUUUCCGCUGUGCAAGUUGGAUCUGUGAUAUUUUCGAUUCUCCGCCACAUGAAUUGGAAGGUCCGUCUUUGGCGGCGGCGGCCGCCGCUGCGGCAGGUCGGUUUAGGAGUGGGACGUUAUCGUCGAGAUUGUCAGGUACUCAUGGUGGUCAUUCGAAUGGAAGUCUCGAUAUAGCGAGUGGGGCACCGGGGACAGUGACGCCGUUCCGUCAUCAUCAACGCACUUUGACGGGCGAGUCCGUUGACGAUGAUGCGCCGCUGGCCAUGUCUACCAUCCCUAGAGCAGACCCUGCUACUGUCACCACGACAGCCACGGCAAAUGAUCCUUCUUCUUCGGAUAGACCCGGGGGCACGAUCCCCAAAGAAGAUGGAAGAGGCCGAGGUCGUGCCCCAACGACAACUACUUCUUCCUCUACCACUGCCUCCACCGCUACGUCGUCGUCGUCGACAGCCACGACUGCGACGAUUGGAUCAGCUGAUCCUUCUAAGGCGACGACCACUCCGUCGACUGGUAACGGUAGGACGAAACCAGCACGGAAUAAGAGUUUAUCCUCGUUGGGAAGUGAAGAAGAUCUCCUGAAACGACGAAUGAAGGGGUUGACAGUUUCGUUGAUGGGGUCCGGGUCAGGGUCGGGCUCGGGUUCACAUGACUGACUGAUAUUUGAUUCCAUGUUGGCCUCUGUGGACGGAUUCGUGUAUAUCUAGUUAAAAAUAUAUAUACUCAUUCCACCUACCCACGUCAUAUAUAUCAUAUGCAUACCUAGGUACACAGA